AUGGAGUACGCGGAAAACGGGGACAUGUACACGUACUUGAAGAAGAUAACGCUGACAGAGGACCAGAUUCGUUCGUGGUUCCGACAGAUCCUGUGGGCUUUCAAGUACAUGCACGGGGUGGGCAUCGUCCACAGAGACGUCAAGUGUGAAAACAUACUGCUGACGGCCAAGUUGAACGUGCGAGUGGCCGACUUCGGGUUCACGAGGUUCGUGGGCCGCGGACGUCAUCCCGGCGCUGACACCAUAUGUGGCACGUUGGCAUACUCAUCGCCUGAGCUGGUGACGGCCACACGUCCUUAUAAUCCUGUUGCCGCAGAUAUAUGGGCCUUGGGAAUCGUGCUGUACGUAAUGGCCAAUAACGCUAUGCCUUUCCGGGACAAGAACAGGGAUGAGAUGUACAAGAAACAGAUGUUAAAACAAUAUAAAUUUCGAGACGUGGUGGACCGCAGCGAACAGCUCAAAGAAUUUGUAUCAACGUUUCUCGAACCCAACAUAGCUUUUCGAAUACAAAUAAAAAAGGCUCUACAAAAUCCAUGGUUAAAGAAAGGCAGUGAUAGAAUACCGUCUAACGUGCGGAGGGCAUUCGAAAUAGGAUCGUCCAAGAAGAGCUUCAUAAACAUUCCCAAUAUUACAGCAGCGACGUUGAAAGACAAAAUGGCUCUUCAUUAUCAACGAUCAGUUAUUAUCGAAUCCAAUAGCGUUUUUAACGAGGCGUUUUUGGAAGAAGACAUGGACGAAGAUUUAUAG